GCCCAGGGGAGUGAAGGGAUCCGACUGGCGAUGGAGAGUGCACUGACGGCCCGAGACCGGGUUGGAGUCCAGGACUUUGUCCUGCUGGAGAAUUUCACCAGUGAGGCAGCUUUCAUUGAGAACCUCCGCAAACGCUUCAAAGAGAACCUGAUAUAUACAUACAUUAGUUCAGUCCUGGUCUCUGUCAACCCAUACAAGGAACUGGAGAUCUACACCAAACAACACAUGGCGAGAUACCGAGGAGUCAAUUUCUACGAAGUCUCACCUCACAUUUACGCUGUAUCAGACAACUCCUACCGCUCGAUGAGGUCAGAACGGAAAGACCAGUGCAUCCUGAUCUCGGGCGAGAGUGGAGCUGGGAAAACAGAAGCUUCGAAGAAGAUCCUUCAGUACUAUGCAGUGACAUGUCCAGCCAGCGUGAGGGUGGAGGAAGUGCGAGACAGGCUGCUGCAGUCGAACCCAGUGCUGGAGGCUUUUGGAAAUGCAAAAACCCUCCGCAAUGACAAUUCCAGCCGCUUUGGCAAGUAUAUGGACAUCCAGUUUGAUUUUCGGGGGGCACCAGUGGGUGGUCACAUCCUCAACUACCUGCUGGAGAAAUCCCGAGUCAUUCACCAGAGUCACGGCGAGAGGAACUUUCAUAUUUUUUACCAACUGAUCGAUGGAGGUGAUGAGGAUCUACUGAGGAGACUCGGGCUGGAACGUAAUGCCCAGAGUUACCAGUACCUAGUCAAAGGUCAUUGUGCGAAGGUCAGUUCCAUCAAUGAUAGGCACGAUUGGAAAACUGUGUACAAAGCACUGACCGUCAUCGAUUUCAGCAGCACAGAUAUCGAGGAGCUGCUGAGUAUUGUGGCCAGUGUUCUGCACUUGGGCAAUUUACAGUGUUCCUCAGAUGAUGAUGGAAAUGCAGUCAUUACCGGAGAAAACCAGAUCAAACUCCUCUCCCGGGUCAUUGGGCCGAAGGGCCUUUUAAUCAAGAGACAUAUCUCAAUAAAACAUAUAAUCAAGAAAAAACCCAAGCUCAUCAGUCCCUUGAAUGUUGAGCAAGCCGCCUACGCACGUGAUGCUCUUGCCAAAGCCAUCUAUGGCCGCACCUUCUCCUGGCUAGUCCUGAAGAUCAACAAGUCUCUAGCUCACAGGGAUUCCACAUAUUCUGCUCGCAAUAGACCCAAUGUCAUCGGGUUACUAGAUAUUUACGGAUUUGAGGUGUUCCAACACAACAGUUUCGAGCAGUUCUGCAUCAACUACUGCAAUGAGAAGCUACAGCAAUUAUUCAUCGAACUGACUCUGAAGUCGGAACAGGAGGAAUAUGAGGCAGAAGGAAUCGCGUGGGAGCCUGUUCAGUAUUUUAACAACAAAAUCAUCUGUGACUUGGUCGAAGAGAAGCACAAGGGAAUCAUCUCCAUCCUGGAUGAAGAAUGUUUGCGUCCUGGAGAUGCGACAGAUCUAACCUUCCUGGAGAAGCUGGAAGAGACCGUUGGGAAACACCCUCAUUUUGUAACACACAAGUUGGCAGAUCAGAAAACCCGCAAGACGCUGGUGAGGGAGGAGUUCAGACUCUUGCAUUACGCUGGGGAGGUCAAUUACAAUGUGACAGGAUUCUUGGACAAAAACAAUGAUCUACUCUUCCGGAAUCUGAAAGAGGCAAUGUGUGAGUCUGGCAAUGGGAUUCUGCAGCAGUGCUUCGAGCGGGGAGAAUUGGAUGACAAGAAGAGACCAGAAACAGCAGCAACUCAGUUCAAGACCAGCCUGGCGAAACUCAUGGAGAUCCUCAUGUCGAAGGAGCCUUCAUAUGUUCGCUGUAUCAAGCCCAAUGACGCAAAACAAUCAGGAAGGUUUGAUGAAGUUCUGAUCAGACACCAAGUGAAGUAUCUGGGUCUCCUGGAGAACCUGCGAGUGCGGAGAGCUGGGUUUGCCUAUCGGAGAAAAUACGAAAUCUUCCUGCAAAGGUACAAAUCCCUCUGUUCGGAAACCUGGCCCAAUUGGAGAGGUCCGCCUUCCGAAGGGGUGGCGACUUUGGUGCAACAUCUUGGAUACAAACCGGAAGAUUACAAGCUGGGCAGGACAAAGAUUUUUAUCCGUUUCCCAAAGACCCUGUUUGCCACUGAAGAUGCUUUUGAGCUUCAGAAGCACACGAUCGCCACUAAGAUCCAGGCAGAGUGGCGAGGGUUCCACCAACAACAGAAGUACCAGAAGAUAAGAUCAUCAGCAAUCACCAUCCAGUCGUGGUGGAGAGGGGAACUGGGCCGUAAGAUUGCCAGGCGUCGCAAAAAUGCAGCUCUGACCAUUCGCCGGUUUAUCAAGGGCUUCAUUUACAGACACAAACCACGCUGCCCAGAAAAUGAGUACUUCUUGGAUUACGUCAGAUACUCGUUCCUGAUGAAGCUGAAACGCAAUUUGCCAAAGAAUGUUCUGGACAAGUCCUGGCCUGUACCACCCCCAGCACUCUCUGAGGCCUCCGAACUGCUCCGAGAUCUGAAUAUGCGGAACAUGGUGCAGUCCUACUGCAAGAGGAUUACUCCGGAGUGGAAACAGCAGCUGGAGCAGAAAGUGGUGGCGAGUGAUGUGUUCAAGGAUAAAAAGGACAACUAUCCCCAAAGUGUUCCCAAGCUGUUUGUUAACACCAGGAUUGCAACAAGUGAGCUCAACAGCAAAGUGCUCCAACUCUUACAAAGUGAACAGAUCAAGUACGCUGUCGCUGUGACAAAGUACGAUCGGAAUGGCUACAGGCCGAGAGCACGGCAGCUGUUGGUGACUCCAGACAGUGCCUUGAUCAUGGAAGAAGCCAAACUCAAACAGAAGAUUGACUACGUCCAUCUGAAUGGAAUAUCGGUUAGCUCCCUGAGUGACGGACUCUUUGUUCUCCAUGUCCCCUGUGAGGAUAACAAGCAGAAGGGUGAUGUUGUGUUACGGAGCGACCAUGUGAUUGAGACAUUGACAAAACUGGCCAUGGCAGCUGAUAAAGCAAACAGUAUCAACAUUAACCAGGGCAGCAUUAAGUUCACAAUCAAGCAUGGGAAAGAAGGGAUCAUUGAUUUCACAUCCGGAUCGGAACUGAUCAUUUCAAAAUCAAAGAAUGGACACCUGUCUGUGGUGGCUCCAAGACUGAACUCCAGAUGAUGCUGCCGGUGAGGUCCAGUGACUGCCCAUUGUACAGAUGGAUGGCUGGAAGGUGUGACUGGCAGCAUCUGUAACAAAGCAAGGAGCUUGUACAUUUAUUGGUGAGGCAUUUGAGUAGGCCCACCUUGGCCCCAAUUCUCUGACCUCCUUUACACUGCUUCCCUUGACUGCCAAAGCCUCUGCUUCCACAGCAGGAACUGAAGAGUCCGAGUUAUACUUUAAUCAUGCAACGAAAAGAAAGAAAAUUUAUAUUAAAAUGGCUGUUGUGAUCAAUGACUCAGUGAGUUGAAUCACAUGACUGCCGCAGUGCAUGUGUGACAUAUAAAGCGAUAGAAUAGGUAUUGUCCACAGAAAUUCCCUUGGUUCCAAACAGAAACUUCUGAUCCCAUGAGCCCUCAAUAAGGAGGAGACCAUGUUCAGGAGUGCUGCCUUCAAGGUUAGAGGUUGCUGAGGAAAUGAACCAAGUGAUGAUUUUUUUUUAUAUACAAUCCCGUUGUCUGGAGAUGUUUCUUUGAGUUGUUCAGGUGAUGCAGAGUUGCUGAUGGUUCCCUCACCCCCAUCGUUGUUAAAAAGCCCCUGCCCUCUGCCUAAAGCCACAGCUUUGGGGUGGUUGCUAAGAAAAUCAGAUCCAUUUCCCAAAUCUAUGUGCAGUUUUAGUGGGUGAUAACUGACACUGGUUUGCUUGUCACUCUCUUGACUGUACAGGUGCCACAAAGUGUGCUUCAGGCCUUUAUCAAAAUAUAUUAAAGGUUAAAUCCCACAAUUGGAUAGCAACUGACUCAGACCAGACCAGGAGAUUUAACCUGCCCCUGGUUUUGGCGUUAUAUUUGGUAAAUGAGCAUUUAACUUGGUGCCAUAGCGUGAUGUCCAGUAACUGCUAGCUCUUUGUAUAAUGGGACCUCAGUAAAGGGUCAGCCUAAUACUGCAGAUUCUCUCAUUCCCUGUUUACUAUCUCAGCCACAAACAGUCCAUUCUCCAGGUGUGUUCAGUGUCCCUCCCCCACCCCACCUCCAUGUUUGAAGCUAUAUUCAUUUUGAAGAAAUGGUGAAAGAUUGAACAACAGAUGAACAUGUGAAUGAGUCUUUCGACAAGGGCUGGUAAUGUACAGAGCACAUGCCAUCAGUCUCCGUCAGCGACGAGAGAGACUUGUUUGAGGGUAUUCAGUCUUCCUUGUGAGCUGCUAAGGCGAUGUCAAUAUCAACAAACUACUGGGACAUGUAGCUGUGUUGGAAGGUGUGUAAACUGAGGCGGGGCUUUAGAGACUGGUUUUACUAUACAAAGCUGCCUACUCUUGUGGUUCUGGACAAACUACAAUCCCCACCAUCCACCCAACUCCGAGAAACAACUGUCAGCAUCAGAGGUUUAACAGAAACAGGAACAGAAAUCUUCACUUCAAUCUGUUGUGGAACAAGAUGAGAAUUUCAAAAGUAAUUAUACUUCAAAAAAUUAAUAAAGAAGAUUGUAAUAAGCUUUAUAUAGAUGGAUAUUAUGUGAAGCCAUCUCAUUUUCAAUAAAAAUGUCUCAAUUGUUUUGGUUA